UCAUCAAAACAUAUUAGUGACCCUCACGUUCUCUCUCUCUCUCUAUUAACAUCAUAUAUUUCGGAUCGCCACCCAAAAUUAGUGAACUUCACAGCUAAUAUGACCAUUUCUCAUUCCAUACUAUGACAAAACCAAAAACCACGCUUCUCUCUCUCUCUCUCUCUUUUUUUUUUUUUUUUUUUUUUGAAUAAUUCUCUCUUUUCUUUUCUUUUUUCUUUUGAGACUUUCCACAACAACCCACCUCAAAAAAGUACUGGACAAAUCAAAUUUUCUUUUCAUUUGUCUUUAUUUGCUUCUUUUUGUUUUUUGCGGGUCUUGUUGCUUUUAGGUUUCAUUUAUUGGGUUUUCUUCAACUCAAACAAUUGUUUCCUUUCUGUGUUUGGGUCAUUUCGAGGACUUUUUGUUCUUUUAAUUGACCAAAUUUAUUUGAUUCUUCUUUGCUGGGCUUCUCUCAACUUUCUUGGUUUCAGAAGCACAUUUGUUAUUGUUUUUGGAUUGGUUGGGCUCAAUUUAUGCACAUAUAUAAAUCUAAUUAAUUCUCCUUAUUAUAAUAUAUAUCAUCCAAUUUCGUGCUGUGGAUGAGUUGAAAUCUUUGGCUAUUGGAGCUAGCCGUUUUAAUUAAGUUCCAAGAUUAUGGGGUUUGUUGAUGAAAACAAGGAUGGAGGAGAGACCAGCUGUGAGAAUAAAAAUCUGAAAGAAAAACAGAAGAUGGAAGAAAAUGAAGAAGAGAAUAUGGAAGAUGAUGAUCAUCAUCACCAUCAUCAUCAUGAGGACGAAGAUGAUGAUCACCAUGGAAAUAACUUACAAUUGGGUCCUCAGUACACACUUAAAGAGCAGCUUGAAAAAGACAAGGAUGAUGAGAGCUUGAGGAGGUGGAAGGAACAGCUUCUUGGGAGUGUAGAUUUUGACAAUGUUGGAGAAACUCUGGAGCCAGAAGUAAAGAUCGUUGAACUGUCAAUCAUCUCCCCAGGGAGAUCUGACAUUGUUCUUCCUAUCCCUGAAGAUGGAAAGCCCAAAGGCUUAUGGUUUACACUGAAAGAAGGCAGCCGUUAUAGCCUCAAAUUCUCCUUCAAUGUCAGCAAUAACAUUGUCUCUGGUCUCAAGUACACCAACACUGUUUGGAAAACUGCUAUAAAAGUGGACAGCACAAAAGAAAUGAUUGGAACUUUCAGUCCUCAGCCAGAGGCUUACACACAUGUGAUGCCAGAGGAGACCACUCCCUCUGGCAUGUUUGCCAGAGGAACAUAUUCUGCCAAAUCUAAGUUCCUUGAUGAUGAUAACAAGUGCUACUUGGAAAUCAAUUACACCUUCGAUAUUCGAAAGGAAUGGGCUGCAACUUAAUUAGCCAAACCAUUAAUUAAAAUAGCAAUUAUCCUCCUGUGAUGAUGUUGUGCUGCAAUUAGUUUUUCAAGAAUUUUCAAAUCAGUCAUAACUUGUGAUUGCUUUCAUAGUUAUGAUAAGUUAUGUGAGUGCUUUCAUAGUUUUGAUAAUUACUAUACUUUUCCUGCUAGUGAUAUAUAUUGAUUUUCAAAACUUGGGGUCUAAGAAAAGAAACAGUUUGUAGAGUGAGGAAAUUCUUUGGUAAUUAUGUCUAAUAAAAAGAAGAAAGCUUAUAGCCUGUUCUUAUAUAUAAAUAUAUAUAUUUCUUUCUUUUAAUUA